AGCAGCAGCAGCAGAGCGAACAGUUCGUUCACAGUUCGAUGGAAAUUCUUCACUUUCUGCUCAAAAUGUCUAAAUGUAUUUCAGUUCACCGACUUUCUGUGGAGUCAGAAUAUUAGCAACCGACGAGUUAACCGACGAGCUUCUCUGUGAACUCGGGUUGUUGUGGUUGAUUAGCAGCUAACUCGGUAGCUAUUUUAGCCGCGUAGCUCCCGGUAGCUCCGCCGUUCGUCGGUGUCUCGGAGCCGCUUCAGCCCGGUGAGGAUAUGGGACGAGGGAAGGGACCGACGAGGGGCCGUCACCCCAUGGGACCGCCGGGCGAAGACGGACCUCCGUUCGACAUGGGUCCGCCAGGCUGGGGCCCUCAUCCGCAUGGAGGCUGGGGACCACCGCCCCCUGAUGGAUGGGCUCCGCCGCCAGGAGGAUGGGGUCCUCCGCCCCAUGAAGAAUGGGACCCGAGAGGGCCUCCACCUCCCGACUGGGGACCAAGAGGACUGCCGCCCCCGGGGUGGGGUCCUCCGCAUCCCGAUGACUGGUUGCCUCCCCCAGAAGACUGGGGUCCACACCCCGACGACUGGAGACUUCAUCCCGACGACUGGCGACCGCCUCGCGAGCACUGGAGACCUCCUCCAGAGGACUGGGGACCCGACAAGCCUCUCCCACCUCCUGGCUGGGGACAUCCGGGCUGGAGUCCCGAAGGUCCCCCUGAGCCGUGGGGACCCGAGCCUGGGCCGCCUGGACCUGGUCCACCCGGACCUGUGCCACCUGUACUGCCUCUGGGCAUGCCCCCUCCUGUUGGGAUUCCUCCUCCGGACCCUGCAGCCUAUGGGCCGGUAUCCAUGCCUCCUGUCCCCCCUCCAAGCUGUGCCCCUCCGUUCGGGUUCCCGGCUUACCCCCCUCCUGGCUGGACAGUAGAGCCUGUUGUGGAGGAGCCGAUGCCCAACCCGCCGCCGGACCAGCCCGAGUGGAUCAAAGCUCUGAUUUCAGCUCCGGCCACUGAGUCGACUCCAGCUGACUCUAAGAAAUCCACAGAGGAGCCUGCUGUCACCAAACCACCUGCUGCUGACCCCACCUCCGCCCCGAAACCCAAACCCAAACUUGAGGCUGGCAAGACUGCCAAAGCCCUCGGCCUGCUGGGAAAACGCACGUUUGAUAAGCCUCCUCCAGGCAGGUCCACCGGGAUCAUCUCCUUCAUCGGGCCGACGUUCGGCUACAUUGAGAGAGAAGACCUGGAGAAGUUCACCUUCAGCUUCGACGCCUUCUUCGGAAACCCCAAAGCCAUGACACCCGGGGUCAGAGUUCACUUCACCGCCUGCAAGGAGAAGCAGAACAAUCUGAUAGCAACGGAUGUGAAAGUGGCUCCAGGUGGAACGGAGAACGUGGACACAGAGAUCUAUGAGGCGGUGGUCAGUCAGCCCAUUACGGAGCCUCAGCCCGGCGAACGUCAGUAUCCCGGGCAGGUUCACGUGACCGUCGGGCCUCUGAGGACCAACCUGACGUUUGACAGGAAGGACAGCACGGUGACGCUGCUGAAGAACGACCAGGUUCUGAUCAACCUCCUGACCGACAUCGUCACAGAGAAGAGAAGAGCAACCAACAUCAAACCCAAAAUCCCGGCAACCUUCAGCCACACCAAGGAGACCAGGGAGAAGGGCGUCAUCAUCAGCCUGAAAGACGGCGAAGGCAUCAUCAGAUCAGACAAACACUUUGAGCUUCCCUUCGACAUCAAAGAAAACUUCAGCGAUGUGGAGUUCACUGCCGAGGACAUCAACGAGGAGGUGGAGUUCACCGUCAUCACGUUGAAAACAGGGAAGCAGGCGAUCAGGAUCCGGCGGGUGAAGGAGCCGCUCCUCCUGACACUUUGCACUGCCGCCGCCACCGGCGAGGAGUCCGAGGCCGAAAACACCAACAGCGACAGUGACGGAGACUCUUCCAAGUCUCUCAGAGGGAAGGCCAACGCCAAGGUGGGGCCCAACAUGAAGCUGGACACGGAGCUGUACGAGGGCAUCGUCAGCCAGCCGAUCAUCGAACCCACGCCCUCCAUGCCGGGAUACCCGGGGCAGAUCCACGCCAACAUCGGUCCCGUCAGGACCAACGUGACCUUUGACCACCGGGACUGCGGCGUGACGCUGCUCAAGAACGACCACGUGCUGAUCAACCUGCUGGUCGACAUGGUAACCAGGAAGAGGAGGGCUGCAAACAUCAAACCCAAAAUCCCCUUCACCUUCAGCUACACCAAAGAGAAGAGAGAGCUGGGCGUCAUCACCUACUUGGGUGCAGAGGAAGGCAUCAUCAACUCGGAGGAGCACGGCGAGCUUCCCUUUGACGUUUGUGAGAACUUCAGUGACACCGAGUUCAACGCCGGCGAUAUCCACAAGGAGGUGGAAUUCACCACUGCCCUGGUGAAAUCAAAGAAGAGAGCGAUCAGGCUGAGGAGGACAAAAAGGAUUGAGGACAAAAUCCUGGAGGAGCAGAAGAGACGGGAGGAGGAGGAGAAGAGGAAGAAACACGAGGAGGAGGAAAGGAGGAAACAAGGGGAGGAGGAGAGGAAGAGGAGGGAGGAGGAGGAGGAGCGAGAGAAAGAGGCAGAGAAGAAGAAGAAGGAGGAGGUGGCCGCAGCGCUGGCAGCCGCCAAAGACAAGUGGACUCCGCUCGGCUUCAAAAUAAGAGACCCCAGCACGCUGGACGACAUCAGCAAGGAGCGAUUCGAAGGCACCGUCCUCAAAGCCAUUUCCAGAAAUCCACGGAAAGAGAUCAAGAAGGAGCCGCAGGAGAACGAGGAGGAGUGGGGGGGGGGAGGAGUCUCUGUGGACGGAAAGACGCGCCUCACACAGGUCAAAAUAAAAUUGGAGAAAAUGGAUGAAGACGAGAAGCAGAAGACAGAAGGACGAGAGGGAAAGAUGGAGGUGAAAAAGGAGAAGGAGGAUGAGGUGGAGGUGAAGAAGGACCAGCCGGCUGUAGCUGGAGGAGGAGCCAAACCAGACCCAGAAAUGGGUCGACUGGUGAUGACCGUAGACGGUCAUCAGAAACAGCUUCCCUUCGGUCCCAGCGACCUGCUGACGACCGCCACCAUGCUGGACGGAGACAAGGUGCGUUUCAACAUUGCCACCCAUCGGGAGACCAAAGAGGAGCGGGCCACCUACGUGGAAAUUGUGCCCGACUCCUUCGAGGAGUCUACUGAACAACGCCGACAUGGCAUCGUAAUCGAGUUCUCGGACGACUCAGGACUCAUCAAGUGCUCUCAAAACCCCCAGCUCUUCUUCCACAUGUCAGAGGUGAUCGAGAAGAAGAAACUGGAGCUGAACGAGAAGGUGGAGUUCAGCAUCGUCCCACAUGAAACGGCAGAGGGAGGGACCCAGGCCAUCAGGAUAAAACGUUACACUGAGAACAUUUUCCUCCCCGUCCGGAAACUCGGCGGUGUCGGGGCGAACAAAGGAAAGAUGACCAUCAAGCUGACUAAAGCUUCAGAGGACACUGAGAAGGGGAAACCAGAGACUGACAAGCUGAAGGUGGUGGUGAAAAAUCUUAGAGCACAGGACAGCAAGACCAGUGCUGGCAAGAGGGAUCACAGUUCCAGUUCCACUUGGCGUAAACAUGGCCGCAGCAGGAGCAGGAGCAGGAGUCAUAGUAGGAGCAGGGCUAGGAGUAGGAGUAGAAGUAGGAGCAGGAGUCCGCCCAGAGACCAGUUUGGGCGUAUCAUUAAAAGGAGACGCAGCACCAGCAUUGACCAGGACCAUAAAAGCAGCAGGUAUAGGCGAAGCCGAGAGAGGUCACGCAGGUGCGCCAGAAGUCGAACCAACAGCCGCAGCAGGAGUCAGUCCCGAAGCAAGAGCUCCAGCAGGAGCCGCAGCAGGAGCCGGGAAAGGAGCAAAGACAGGGCCGGCAAGAGGAGGAGCAGAAUCAGCAGAGACCGUGAAGACAGUCACAGGAGGAGGAGGGACCUGAGCCCUCCUCUCAGGCGUGGUGGCGUGAUGGAUGACGAGCUGGCGAGGAAGAAGCGGGAGCUGGAGGAGCUGAACGAGAUGAUUGCCUAUAAAAAGUCACUGGUGGACAUGGACCCUAGAGGACUUGAUCCUGGACAGAGGACCUGCAUAGACUACGACCAUGGCAGGAUCACUGUGCCACUCACUGAGUACAAACCAGUCCGGUCCAUCCUGAAGAAACGACCCGACGGACCUGAGUACCACCAUCAUCCACCUCAACCCUAUGAUGAUCCUUAUUAUGACCGGCCAUACGGUCCUUACCAAGAUCGGCGGUACGGUGACCGCUACAGUGAUCUGUACACCAGCCGUCCCUACGCUGAUCACCCUUAUGGUGACCGUCCUUACACCGACCACCCUUAUGAAAGUCGUCUGUACAGUGAACCUCCCUAUGGUGGUUCUCCAUCUGCCAGCCACCGUUACACUGAUCGCUAUGAUGUUUAUGAUGAACCCUAUGACGAUCGCUACUAUGACCCAGCAUACUCGGACCAACCUUACAGCGAUUUGUAUCGCCCUGUAAAACAGAGCCAUUCUCCCGAACCCCAUGGUCCUUCACCUUCUCCACAGUCAACUACCUCCACCCAACCUUCGUCGACACAUACUGCUGCCACUUCAUCUUCCCAAACCCCUUUCAGACCUCCUUCUCCCACAGAACCGCCUCCUAGAAGCCCUUCUCCCAAACUGAAGAACACAACACCACAUCAGUCACCUCCACCUGAGAAACCACCCCUCGACCGUUUCCUUGAUAUGCUUAAUAAAAAGGUUGAUGCUGAAAAGAAAUCAGAAUCGGUUCAUGUUAAUGAUGACCUUCUGCCUCAUGAGCGGGCACUUCAGGAUGGCGGGGGUUUCUCUCGGAUUGUUGGAUUAGCUCAAGAGCAGCCUAGCAGCAGUCAAGCUCUAGAAGCAGAAAGGAAACAACUAAGCCCUAAACGGUCUUCAGUAGAGAGAACAAGCGAUGAACCAAAGAGCAAGACGGAACCCUACGACAAGAUCCAGAGUCUACUCCGUACGAUUGGCCUGAAGCUGAGUACAGGAGAUAUGUCCAAACUGGCAAGCCGAGCCCAAGAGAAAAUCUACAGCCCUAAGUCUUCCUCUACAGAAAGAGAGACUCUCUCAUCCCCAAGAGAAGAACUGCGAACCAGUAGAACAGGUUCUGUUGAAUCUGAUCACAUCCAUUCUCCCUCUCCUGUCAGGUCCUCCAGUUUGGAGCCGCUCAGCAGACAUAAAGCUGUCUCAGAGUAUGAAGGAUUCCUGGAUCAGCAGGAAUUAGAGGUGCUGAAGAAGGCGCAACAACUGCAUAAUCUUACCAAAACAAUGGGGAGUACCCUUCAUAACAGUCCUCCGAUACCACCUGUUGGGUCCCCAUCGGCUCAGUACCAACAUCCACUUCCCCCUGUCAACUGGCCACUUGGAGUCAACGCUCAGAUGUCCACAGACCACAGCUCCACAAGCACCAACAUGGGCACUCUAGCAACUGGUCAGCCACCUCAGAGAUUUGGAUUUCCUCCGGGACCUCCACCUGGACCACCUCCACGGCAUCCUGGACAGCCUCCUUUCGCUCCACCCUCCAAUCAUUCAGUCCUUCCAUUUAUUGGCCAGCCUCAUACAUCUCCGUCCCCUGACUCCCGCAGUCCUCCCCAGCCAUUGACCACUGCCACAGGAGCACAGACACCAUCACCAUCAUCAACACCAGCAACAUCUGGUCCUGCAAACAACAGCCAAUCAGCCAUCUCUACAACUGUGGCCAGAUGCCUGAAGGUCAUAGAGACGGUUAAAUCUCUGGCUGUGCAGCCACCAGCCAAAACAGUCAAAUCAGUCCAGUUCAGUUUACCCACAGAGUCUCCAUCAGCCUCCUGUCCACAGGCCUCAGAGACAGACGAUGACAUCAAGACAAAGCAGAAAGAGAAGCUGGAUUUGUAUAACCAGAGGAUUUUGGAAAAGAGGGAGCAGCAGUUCCAGGAGAUGCUAGUCCGCAAGAAACAAGGCGAGAGGAACAAGGAAGGCACAGUGAUCUCCCCAGGCAGACCGAUGAGCGAGCCCAGGAAUGUUUGGAUUUGUGGUCAUUCGCUGGUUUACUGGGCUGAGUCACGAGCUAAGUCUCCGGAGGUAGGUAUGCAGCUGGGCAUGGAACCCAGCAAGGUGGCCAUUUGGUGGAAGGGCAUCCAGGGCAUGACGUGGUCCCAGCUCUUGCCCCAGCUCCACCAGCUCAAGGUCACCUGGCCAAACCCUGAUGUCCUCAUCAUGCACCUGGGCGGUAAUGACUUGAGCACUGACAGCCCCACUGACCUACUAGCCUCUGUCAAGAAGGACCUGACCUCCAUGAGGAGCAUCUUCCCGCAGUGUGUCCUCGUGUGGUCCAACAUCCUUCCUCGAAGGGUAUGGCGUCACUCGGCUGACAGCCAUGAAGUCGAUCUGGUGCGAACCACAGUGAAUCGCAGGAUCCAGAACAUAAUCUCAGAGCUUGGUGGCACUUCGCUGACCCAUGAUAACAUUCGGUGCGGCACAAACACGGGCCUGUACCGGGCCGACGGCGUCCACCUCUCCCCCAAAGGCAUCGACGUUUUCAAUCUGAACCUUCAAGAUUUCCUAGAGAAGUGGGAGAUGGAGGUGAACAGGGCAUCUGAGAGAAGUUAAGAGGUGUAUCAAUCCUUUCCUGUCUUUCUUAUGUUGUCUUUUAUUUCUAAUGAUAGCUAGGCAGGCACAUUGAUUCAAACAGCUGCAGAGACUUAAUUCAUGCUCGUAAAACUCCAUCUUUAGAGCACCCAGUCAUGUUUGUAGCUUUAGCUUAUCCUGUCGGAAUUUCAGGCUCAACUGUUCAAUUGUUUGUCUGAUCUGAAACAAUAAACUUGAUAUUAACUGAUCAGCUGUUUUCCCUCAGUCUUUCAUCCUCUUAUAAACAAGAUGCCACAGCUUGCAGUAAUGAAUAUUAUUUUUAAGGAUUAACUGCUAAAGUGUACAUUUUAAUGUUGAUUAGAUCAGUGGGUUUUAUAAUGUUGCACAGAGUUGUGACUAUCAUCAAUAAAUGGGAUUGAAAUAAAAAUGGGUUGUGAGUAAUGACAUAGACACUUAGCUAACGUGCUUCAUCCUGAACAUGUUAGAACAGGAGAACAGAUGCAUUAAAGUUCACAAACGACAGUGUGUGUUUUGACAGUUGUUAAUGUUUCAAGCUUUUGUCAAUAGAAAAAUAUUAAUAUUUCUCUAAAUACUGUGUCAGGUCACGUUAGCACACGUGUCACUUUGUGAGCUGAAGCCGGAGAAAACCACUGUAACCUGCUGUAACUGCUCAGCUCUGUGUGACCACUUUAUUCUCCACUGAAGUCUCCCAACUGUGUUGUACCUGUUGGAGCCGACCAGGUGAGUUUAUGUUUUCUCUGCAGGUUCCAGUAAAGAUGGAGCUCAGGAGGACUCGAGGACCUGGCAGCUAAAGUGAACGCUGCAGAAGCUUCAGAUGUCUCUGCUCGUCCAGCGCCGCAGCAGAACCUGACCCAUCCACAGAGAGUAGACGAUGUUCAAAAUGUGUUUGUCUUUCUGUUCUGACUUUAAUCCAAAAGCCACCAUGAAAACAGAUUCACCAGAAAACCACUUUAUUCAUGAAAGAAAUUUAAAACAUCCUCAUCGUCACUUAAUCUCCAAGAGAGCUCUUUUAGCGGUGUGGGAGUUCAGUCCUAAAGGAUGAACCAAAGGACCGUUCAACCCAGCAGUUACUCAUUUAACUUUCUGGGAGUUUUGUCCCACCCCCACCUCUGUGUAACAUCUACAGUAUUUCUAUGCUGCACCUCAAGUUUCUGCUGAUGAAAUGGAAAUACAUGUCUGCAACAUAUAAGCACAGAACUGAAAUAAUUUAGGUCUUAAAGCUAGAGUUUGCCAUGUGGACCGUCCUUCAGACAGGAUCAUUAAGUGGGACCUGGUGUUUCAGAAUUUUCUACUUCCAAAUGUAUUUUCAGUUAUAUCAGCACAAAGCUGUUGAAUUCUGGAGCUUUUCUUUUUCUUUUCUAAUCUCUUAAGCAUGUUAAAUGUGAUUUAUCUCACAGCCUGUGGGGCCUGUCCUGAUGCACAGUAUCAUGGUAAAGCUCCAGCUAAUGACCAUUUAUUCUAUAGUAUUAUUUUUUCCUUAGAAUUUGAAAAUAAUACAACAGUGGAAAACGUUCUCAUUUUUGAGGUUUAAACUGAUGCACUGAGAUCUUUGGUGUGUGAGUUUCCAUCUUUUCUGAUCCUCACACACUUCACAGUGCUGAGAAACUAGAAUCAGGAGACGACUCAAACAAAACAUUAUUAAAAGAGUUGCUCCAUUUUCUGUCCAUCAACUGUUUCAUUUAUCUUUUCAGCAUUAUUCCAAAGGGCAACACACUCCAGAGGUGGAUGACACACUUGGAAUCACCUGAGCUUUUCUCACAGUGGCAGCAUGUUGAUGUGCACAUGCUGAGUUUGUGUGGACAGUUUGGUCUUUUUGCUCGAUGGUGAAGAUGGAAACAUCUGGACAGAACAGAAACAUCACCCAGUCAGCUGAGUUGAUUCUUUAAGAGUUUUUUUUUUUUUUGCUGUUGUCUGAUUUUCUUUAAAUGUGAAGGUGUGUAACAUCAUAUGGUGUUUCUGUUUUUCUGGUCACUUCGAAAAUGUUGAUACUUUAUUUGAGUUUUGCAAAAUUUUUAAAUAAAUUUCUGAUAAUC